GGCGGGGUUACCAUAGGUAUUCCAUGGCAAGGCUGGAUUUACCGUCCUAGCAUCGCAUCGCAUCGCCGUGCAUUCUCAUCAUACCAUUCACACAGAGAACCCGGGGCAAAUUCUUACACUCAACCUCGCUGUCGCUCUCAGCUCAACUGCAAAUCAUAUGUGCAGCGCAAGCUUUCUCAUUCGUCUCUAAUCAUAUCCCACCUUGCUUACACUCACCGGGCCACCAAUCUUCAACUGGGCAACCAUAUUCAACAAUGGCGUCGCAAAUCCCCCCAAAGUUGAAGACCGCAGACUUAACUCGAUUUAUCAUCAAGGCGGCACAACUCGAAAAGGCGAAGCCGGUCAUAUCAUAUUGGUGUGAAUACUGGAUCGUCAAUCAGAUCCUUUCGAAGGGUCUACAUACUGGAGAUGCAGAGACGCUACAAUAUACGACUACUUUGAUGGAAAAACUUGAGAGGAUAAAAUCAGAGAAUCCAGAUAACGAUGCAAUUAUGGAUGAUACUGCAGGCCAAGCAUAUUGCGAACAGUUUGGCAUGGAAAUCUUUUCAAGGGCAGAUCGAGCCGUGGAAGUAAAUAAAGUGACAAAACAAACUGCGGAAACUUUUCAAGCCGCAGCAACCUUCCUGGAACUAUUGAAUAUCUGGUCACCACCGGAUGCCGAAACUCAGGCUAAGAUCAAAUAUGCAAAAUGGAAUGCAGUUCGUAUCGUGAAAGCAUUGAAGGAAGGAAAAGACCCUAAUGAAUCCAAUCCUAAACCACAACCAGUUCCCAAGGAUGAGCUACCACCAUUAGAUCCAAAUGAUCCUGAGGUACAAUUGUUAGGGGAACAGAAAGCAAGGCAAGCUUCUGUGGAAGAUGUCAUCGACGAGCAAGAUCAAUUGGAAGCGAAAUUAGCAAGGCAGUCAUCAAUAGAUCGGUCUCUGCACCCCUCUGAGCAAGUUUCAGCUCAUGGAUCUCCAACCAAUAAAUCGGCUCCAUUUGAACCAUAUCCUCGAGAUGGGUUUCCAUAUACCGCAGUCCAAGACGAUAAUGUAUCCCCUCUCGAGCCAUCCCCGAAAGAUAGGAAUGGAUCUAUAGGAGGAGGAUAUUUUCCAGAAGUUCCAACUUUUACAUCAGAACCUCGAGAUUCGACUUUACCAACAGCUCCUGCCCCAGAUACUACAUUCGAUCUUGGUUUACCGGAUACAUCUAGUCUUGCAGCACCUGGAAUUUCUCCCGGAAUGAGACCUUCUCCGGAUUUUCAAUCGUUUCCACCCCCAACUUUACCUGGAGAACAACCGUCAGACACAGCACCUCAAGACUUUUAUCGUCAGCCUCCACCAUUGGGCCAAGGAAAUGUACAUGCUCCACCUACCAACCAGAUUUAUCAAUCUGAACCUCCCCCGUCAGAUACUUUUACAGCACCAAUAGUCCCACCAGUCACACAAUCCCGCGGUCAAUUGAAUACAGACGAUGAGGCAAUUGCCAAAGCACAAAAACAUGCAAGAUGGGCAAUUUCAGCGUUGAAUUUUGAGGAUGCUGAAACGGCAGUAAAGGAGUUAAGGGCCGCACUACAAACAUUGGGUGCGCAAUAAUUUUAAAGACAAGUGACCCUUUGAAAUUUGAUGUAUUUAAAUCAAUAAGCGGCAGGCUCACGUGUGGUUUGUGAUUUUGCAAAGCAAAUACCCAAUUGUUAUUUAGUAUCUUUCAUUGGCACAUUUUCUACCUAAUUCAUUGCUCAGUUGAAUAUUCUUCAGGCCCACUAUUCAGGUUCUAAACUCAUAUCCUUUUUCUGACUUCCAGCUUCACUACCAAUUGCAAUGCAGUUCUCACACCUUCAUAUCCAGCCUGGUUCUCAACGUUCUGCACUAUCAGGAACAUUGAUAUAGUCUAGUAUUAUGAGAAUCCAUGAUUACUGAAUAUGAGACCUUUUGAAUUUUACUGUACUUAGGCCAAUUGGCUUUAAUGUGUUGACAUUGUUUGAGAUUUGGGGGGGAAUCAUCAUUGGCGAAAUUAACGAAGCUAGAAUUGAAGUUGGAAACUUUACAUGAAAGAAACAAUUCGGUGAUAUUUAUAAACCCAAAUAGAUCUAACGUGUAUUCCUAAGCCAUUCAGAUUAAAUUCUACUUGUAUAGUACGGAGACGUCCUUAUUUCAACCUUAUAUUUUACAUUGAUCUUUUGAAGAGCAUCUCGUUCUUGCAAAUUAGGUCCA